AUACAGCCAGGAACUAACUGUCAGAACACAAGAAGCUAAAAAUGAAGAGUUGUUUAGUUGCGUUAUGCUUUCUUCUUGUUUUUCAUGUGAAAGUCUUAUGUGAAGAACGGAAGGUCUACGUAGCGUACCUCGGAGAGCACAGUGGAAACAGAAAUCCUGAAGAAAUAGAGGAUCAGCAUCACUCCUAUCUUCGUUCCGUAAAGGGUUCACAAGAAGAGGCUAAAGCCUCCCAUAUUUAUAGCUAUAAGAACGUAAUCAAUGGAUUCUCCGCAUUGCUUACGCCAGAAGAAGCCUCUAAAUUAUCAGAGAUGGAUGGAGUGAUUUCAGUUUUUCGUAGCCAGGCAAGGGAAUUAAGGCCUCAAACAACAAGAUCAUGGGAUUUCACAUACUUACUCGAAGCAAAUGGUGAUCCUAGUCGUGUAAGCGGGGAUGCAUUACUGAAGAGAGCAAACUAUGGGAAAGAUGUUAUUGUUGGAGUCUUUGAUUCUGGUAAUUUUCCAUUUCCCUUGUCAAGAACUAUUUUGUUGAUUAUUAUAAUAUUCUCCGUCCACAUUUCUAUGAGCACUAUUUUAAUUACCUUAAACAUUUUGUUGACCAUAAACACUUCAAAUAUGUAUGCAUAUACACACAAAAAACCAUUUUGACUGUUGAAGGUUUUUUUUUAUUAUUAUUUUUGCGUUGUGGGGGUUAGUUCAGAAUAGGGGUGCAAACGAGUCGAAUCGAGUCAAGUUUUGACAUAAUCGAACCGAGUCUCAACCUAGAUUUACGAAUCUAGAACUCGAGUUCAACGAGUUCAAAAUAUAAAGUUCGAGCUUAAAAAAAUAAAAAAUAAUAAUUAUUUUAUUUUUAAAAAUAAAUAAAAUAAUAAUUUUUCUUAACAAAUAAUAAAAUAUGAGGAAUAUAUAUGUAACUUUAUUAGUAAAAUAAUAUAUUUAUAUAUAUAUAUAUAAUUGAAUUCGAGUUAGUUCGCGAACUAACGAGUUUAGU